CUACUGCGCAUGUCCGCGACGCAAACCUCAAGUUUUAUCAGUGGGAGGGAAGCGACUAAACACGCUGCUUUUUGAAGAGGACUGGCAGCUCAGCUCCCUUCCUGCCACUCAUUCCUCUUCAUAUUCUUACAGCUUUCAUUUUACAGCAUCCAGCUAACUGUCUUUCACUCUGAACUCCGUCCAGAAGCGAACAAACGGCGACAUUCUGACUUCUUCUUCUUCUUCUGCUAUGGCUGGCAGCGCCACCAAGACAGUGUACGAGAUCUUCCAAAGCAUGGAGCACGGACCAGCAGCAGCUUCCAGCACUGCUGUUGCACAGGCCUGGCUGGAUCAUCAUUCCCGCUCUCUGGGUCUCUUCAUCGAUGGCAAAUUUGAGCGUCCAGCAGACAGACAGAGCCACUCCCUGUCUGAUUCUAAAGGCACUGUUGUGUGUCACACAACCAUCGCUGCAGAGGAUGAUAUUUCCCAGUGUGCCUCCUCCUCUGUUAACGGCUACAAAGCCUGGAGCAGCCUGACCUGCUUCCAGAGGGCCAAAGUGCUGCUCAGGAUGGUGAGUGUUCUCGGGCAGCACGGCCAGUGUGUGUCGGAGCUGUGUGAGAUGUGCGAGGCCUCCUGCUCGUCCUCCAGCCUGGUCAGACUGCUGCAGUUCUACAGCAGCUGGGCUCAGCUCAGAGACACUCUCAUCACCAGCUGGACGCCUCUGGGUGUGGUGGAAGUUGUCACCUCUGAUGACUGCUCACUCUAUUCCCUCAUGCUGAAAGUCUUACCAGCACUGGCCAUGGGUAACUCUGUGAUCGUUGUCCCUGGUCGCAGCGCCGCCCCUCCAGCGCUACUCUUGGCUCAGCUCUUCACAACAGCUGGACUCCCUGCAGGAGCUCUUAAUGUUCUAACAGGAAGUGACAUCACGCUAUCCGCUAAAGUGGCCCAAAACCCCAACGUCAGCUACAUCACUUACAGCGGCAACAAGGAGGAUGGGGUGACUCUGUGUAAGAACACAGCAGGGUUGGGGGUUCCUGUGUCCGUCUCCCCGUGCAUCGGAGCCACCUGUCCCUUCAUCGUCUUCGAGUCAGCGGAUAUCGACAGCGCCGUGGAUGAAGUGAUAGAGGCUGCCUUCAAGAAGAAGAAAGAGGUCCACUGGGUGUUGUGUGUGCAGGAGAGUGUGGUGGACAGUGUGAUGGAUCGUCUCAAGCUGCGUAUGGCAGGAAUGAAGUGCGUUUCGCUGCUCAGUGAUGAACACAGGACUCUGGUGGACGCUGCAGUACAGGAGGCUCAGCAGCAAGGAGCCACGUUGAUCCAGUCCAGCGCUGCCCCCCCUUCAGGAGCCCAGUACCCUCCCACAGUGCUCUGUAAUGCAGCCCCCUCCUCACCAUGUGUGCGCACCCCCAGUCCUGGACCACUGCUGCCUCUCAUGACCUUCAGAAGCAACACAGAAGCAGUGACUCUGGGGAACCACAGUCCUCAUGGUCAGGCUGCAUCCAUCUGGACUGAAGACCUGACUCUGGCUCUGGAGACAGCUAAUGGUCUGUCAGUUGGCUCAGUGUGGGUGAAUUCCCACUCUGUGUCUGAUCCCUGUCUGCCUUCAUCUGGUCACAAAGACAGCGGCACCUGCACUGAUGGAGGACAGGAGGGUCUUUACCAGUUUCUACGUCCGUCCUCGUCUACGUCUCGUCCUCGCUCCUCCCAUGUUUCAAUGGACUACUCAAAGUUUGGAACAGCGGCAUCUCCAGCUGUCAUUCCCAAUGAAUCUGACCCUUCCAGUGCUCCUCCAGUCUACCAGCAGUUUGUUGGCGGUAAGGCCUGUAAGUCGGUGUCUGGCAGCAGUGUGGCCGUGCAGUCACCAGGGGGCGACAGAGUGUUGGCUUACUGUCCAGACGGAGGCCGGAAAGAUGUCCGCAACGCUGUGGAGGCUGCUAUCAAAGUCCAGCCUGGCUGGAUGAAAAAGAGUCCGACCGGCCGAGCUCCGUCCCUGUACUCUCUGGCUAAAGGCCUCGAGUCAAAGAAGCAGGACGUUGCUAAAGCUGUGAGCCUCCAGACCGGCCUCUCAGCAGAGGAAUCUGGCAAGGAGGUGGAACUCAGCAUCGCCAGGCUCAAUGUUUGGGCGGCUUACUGUGACAAAAUCAGGGGAGGAUCUUUGCCCAUGCCGUCGUCAGGCUCUGCUCUGUCCUUCCCUGAAGCCCUGGGAGUCGUGGGCGUCGUCCUACCUGACAAAAAUCCCCUCCUGUCCAUGGUAACACUUCUUGGGGCUGCCAUCGCCACGGGCAACGCUGUCGUCAUGGUCCCAAGUCAGAAGUAUCCCCUGCCAGCUUUGGCAUUCGUUCAGGUGCUCCAGUCUUCAGACCUGCCAGCCGGUCUUGUAAAUAUUAUCUCAGGAGAUGGAGACCAGAUGACUGCGGCUCUGGCUAAUCACAGCGUCAUCAAAGCCAUCUGGUACUGGGGCAGCGCUGAGGGCUGCCAGUACCUCCAGCACACCUGCACCAACCCCCUGAAAACCCUCCGUCUGUUCUGCCAGAAGGACGGUGGAGGGAUGGACUGGACUCAACCUGAACCCUCCUUCCUGGAAGAAAUGUGGAGGAACGCCGUCCAGUGGAAGAGUGUGUGGAUUCCUACUGCAUAAGAAGACAGAAGCAGGGAGAGUAAAAGAAGAAGGUGACAGAUGGGAGUGAGAGUUACAAAUAUCCACUGUUAUAGCAUCAGUCUUUAGGAUGUAGAUUAAAAAGAAAGAAGUCAGAGAACAGAGAUUUAACAGCAAAGAUGGGGUGAGAAGUGAAGAUUAUAUAUUCUAACAGAUUUAAAAUGGAAGUAAAGACAAGAGUGGGCAGAACUUUGGAUUAUUAACAUUCAUAAAGCUCUUAAAGCAGACAGACAGGUAGAAAAUAGUGUAAGAUUGAUUUCAGUGCUGCAGACAUGCAAUAAAAUGUGUCCAUGAUACCUUAAAAGGCCAAACUAUGAGGACUACUGUUCGUUCCACAUUCCUUCACUGUGAUAAAGAUGGCCAGAACAGGUUUUUUCUCUUACAUUGUCACACUAACAAGUGCAAUAUUAACACAGAACCACACCUAUGGGACAUUUUAGAUGUAAAGAUACAGGAGCAGACAUGUUUAAAUGUAAUAGAAGGACUCUUUCAUGCAUUUCUAUGUUUACGGAGGAUGAUGAAGGAUGGCAUUAUUGUUAAACUAAUACAACAUAAUGUCAACCUUAACAUUAGAUCAGCAAAUACAGUAGCUAUCUUUAAUAGCUCAUGUGAUAUUUUACAUGUUUGGCCAAAAACCCUGAGAAUUCAGUUUAGUAAACCACAAUAAAUAGUAGGUACAUCCCCGAAAGCCGCUUCUAAAUAUGUUUGGGAUUCUUGUUUUUUAUAAAGAUGUGCUUUUUCUACAAUUAAGUUACAAGACCUGUUGAUUUUCUACCUCUAUUCCCUCCUGUCAUGCUUAUUGUUCUCAGUUUUCACACCUCUGCUUGCGUAUUUCUUAACUUUAGGAUCAGCUUUUGUUUUGUUCCUGAGGAUUUAAAAGUAACACGUCAUGCAUCGUGUUUUUUUUCUUUCUCUAAAUGUGCAUCCCAUUUUUCAGUCUGCAUCUUGAAACCUUGUCUGCCUUAGAGCUUCGCCGAUGACUCAGCAAAAAUCAAUCAACUCAGUCCAAAUACACGGAUUUACUGUUCUGCGUAUUUUUGUUUCUGUACAAUAAUACUGUAACUCGUAGCCAUGGAGGGCCUCCUGUUGUUUUGUAGUGCAAACAUUCCCGGUGAAAUCUUGUUUGUUUCUGAAUCCAAGUUGAUUUUGUGAAAUAAAUCAGGAUUUCAAAUCUGUAUGUGUUGCCAGAGAAUGACACUGUGGAUCUCUCUGUCUAAAAGCCAUUAUUAAAAGAAGAUAAUUUAAUGAAUUUA